AUGUCAGAAUACAUACCUUUUGAAAUCCAAGUGGACAUCAUCAAAAGACUACCUGUGAAGUCAUUACUUCAAUUUAGAUCCGUCUCAAAACAAUGGAAGUCUUUGAUCGACAGCUCCGAGUUUAUUGCUGGCUACAGAUUCCGCCAAACUCAUCCACAACGUCUGCUUGUAUGGUACAAAGAUCCAGUAGACUUGAAGCAAAAGUACGUUUCGUUUGUCGAUGAUGACGCUUUCACCCAACAAGAGCUUGCUCCGACUUUUCCUGUGCUCUCUGAACAUUUAUCUAGAUUGGAAUUUCUCGGGAGCUCUCAAGGAUUGUUGUGUUUGUCUGGUUUUUAUAAAGAUCCAGACCAUCCUCGUUAUAAAGUUGCCACAAAGUUGAUUGUUCUUUUGAAUCCUUCGAUUAGAAAAUCAGUCUUAAUACCUGUCCCAGGUUUUUCAGGUUGUUCGGAAAUUGUUGUUGGUUUUGGGGUUUGUCCUAUCACUAAUGAUCCUACGAUUGUGAAGAUUACAAAUGUUGGUACGGAAGUUAGCUCUCCCAUGUUUGAGGUUUUUAAAUUGAGCAGAGGUAGUUGGAGAACUCCUUGUAGCAAUCUGCCUAAGAAAUCAAUUGAGGUUAUAUUGUCUGAGGUAGCUAUACAUAGUUAUAUUUAUUGGGUUGCUUUUGAUAAUGAUUUUCAGAUGCAAAAACAUGUGAUUAUUUCAUUUGAUAUGACUACCGAAGAAUUUAGAGUCAUAGACCUACCGGAUAGUCUAGCAUAUGCUACAUUUUUCAUCUCUAAGCUAUGGGAUUCUCUUGUUGUGCUUGAAGUUUUUGAUGUAUGGAUUAUGGAUAAUGAUGUUCUGCAUUCCUUUACAAAGCUAUUUACCAUUAACACACGAUAUGAAUCGAUAACGAUUUUGGGAUUUACAAAUAGUGGUGAACCCAUGAUUGAAGUACAAGGGGAGGAUUACGAAGAACCAGCUUCACUUGUUGUCUAUGAACCUAACUCAGAACACAUCAAAGAUAUUGGGAUUCAUGUAGAAAAUGUUUCAUCAUUUGUUAGUUCAUACAUGGAAACACUACUUUUACAUGAUCAAUCAGAUUGUAGUGGUUUAUUAUAG